AUUUUAACUAUAUUGAAAAUAUGGAUCAAAUCGCACCAGAAGUCUACGGGUCACUGAAUUACGCGCCCAAGAAGUUUGCCGCUCAGUCUCUAAUCAUACUCGGCAGUCAAAAUAGAUUAUUUGACACAAUUGUGGACAUCGGGUGCGGCGAUGGGGGCGUCACUAAAGAGUUGGCCGAAAAACUACGGCACAGACAGCUCGUGGCCGUAGACGUGGACCCAGCGAUGACGGCUUACGCGCAACAGACAAACCCCGGGCGGUCUAUCGAGUAUAAAACCCAAGACGUGUCUGUGGCCUGGGAUGAGCUGAGCGAAGACAUACGGGCACUGGAGGGUAAAGUUACCCUCAUUUUCUCCAACUUUGUCUUGCAUUACAUCCGAGACAAGAGCCGAUUAGUGGCCAAUUUUAGCCGAUUGUUAACGACUGCGGGGGCGGGCGGUUGUAUACACGCCAAUAUUUUUAUACCGGCCGAUUUGAACAGAAAACUCCCC